CUGCUACUGCUAUCACAUUCCAGCUCACCCCUUACUCGCUCCCUGCGGCCUCACCAUGCCUCCAAAGGUGGACCUCAACGAUCCUGCCAUCAAGGAGCUACUAGACACCUUUGCCACCGUUUCCAUCACAGGUUCAAAGGCGACCGAGACACUCAAGAACCGAAAGCAAGCAGACGCCAUCGCAGCACUGAUUAACAGAAAUGCACUCGCCCACAAGAACCUCGAUGCAAAGCAAGGAGCAUUUGUAGUCACCAUCGCCAGCAGCAAUAUACCCGAUGACAAGAAGGACUAUGCCGUCAGCAGAGCUCUCUCAGGCGCACUCGACACCGACGAUCGAGUAAAGGCAGCCGUCAAGUACCUGGGAACACUCGGAGAUCAACCAGUGGAGGAAGGUACCUUUGAUCAGGAAUGCGGAGUGGGAGUGACAGUCACGCGGGAGCAGGUCGAAGAGGUGGUGCGACAGUACCUCGUCAGCAACAAGGACAAGCUCGCAGCCAAGGGCCGCCCCCUCGUGGGACCCGUACUCGGCAGCCUGCGGGGCGUCAAGGAAUUGAGAUGGGCCAAUACCGCCGAUGUCAAGACGUCUGCAGAGGAAGAGAUCGAGCGGAUAUGGCCCAAGAGUCAAUAUCAGCAGGAUGUUGCAGCCAACGCUACCGCCUCUUCUUCCUCCUCAUCCAAGCCAGCCAAGCCCGCAAAGGAAUCGUCUGCCGAUAUCGACCCUGAUGCGAUGUUCAAGGAGGGCUUCCUCUCCAGGCUGCACGCCCCUGGAGGCAACCCACAAGUAGAUCCUGCGCUCAAGGACCAACACCUGGAGUCCACAAAGUCCCGCGUCUUCACCCGCUUCCCGCCUGAGCCCAACGGAUUCCUACACAUUGGUCACACAAAGGCAAUCGCCAUUGACUUUGGCUAUGCUCGGUAUCACGACGGCCUCUGCUACCUGCGCUUCGAUGACACAAACCCCGAAGCUGAGGAGGGCGUCUACUUCGACAGCAUCCUGGAAACGGUCAGGUGGCUAGGGUACGAGCCGUGGAAGAUCACUUACUCGAGCGACUACUUCCAGCAGCUGUACGAGCUCGCAGUCAAGCUCAUUCAAGCUGGCAAGGCCUAUGUGGACCACUCGACUGCUGAAGAGAUCCGUCAAGAGCGCGGUGGGGAAGAACGAGGUCCCCGCAAGGCAAGCCGCUAUCGUGAUCGCCCCAUCGAGGAGUCUCUGAAAGAAUUCGAAGACAUGAAGAAUGGCAAGUACAAGAAAGGCACAGUCACCCUCAGGAUGAAGCAGGACCUCCUGAAUUCUGGCAACCCGCAGAUGUGGGAUCUCAUUGCCUAUAGAGUAUUGGAUACUCCCCACCAUCGAACGGGAAGCACAUGGAAAAUCUACCCAACGUACGACUUCACGCACUGCCUGGUCGAUUCUUUCGAAAACAUAUCCCACUCUCUCUGCACUACCGAGUUCAUUUUGUCUCGCGAGUCAUACGAAUGGCUUUGCGAUGCCGUUCAGGUGUACAAGCCACGUCAGUACGAAUUCGGUCGCUUGAACCUCGAAGGGACCAUCACUUCGAAGCGAAAGAUCCGAGCUCUGGUCGAAGGCAAGUACGUCAAAGACUGGGAUGACCCAAGACUCUUCACUGUCAUUGCCAUUCGGCGGCGAGGUGUCCCGCCUGGAGCCAUCUUGUCCUUCGUCAACCAGCUCGGCGUCUCUACGAGCGUGUCGCAAAUCUACUCUUCACGCCUGGAUCAGAGCAUUCGACAAUAUUUGGAGACAAGCACGCCUCGUUUGAUGAUGCUCCUUGACCCCGUGCCAGUCAUUCUGGAGAAUGUACCCGAGGACCACCUUACCUUCAUCGAGAAGCCGCUGCAUCCCAAGGUACCAGCUCUCGGCACGAACAAGGUCCCCUUCUCUCGUAAGCUAUACAUUGACGCAAGCGACUUCCGAAUUCAUGACGACCCCGACUAUUUCAGACUUGCACCUGGAAAGAGCGUGGGCCUGUUCCAGGCACCGUUCCCGAUUACAUGCACUGGCUACGAAGUCGACGAGAGAUCUGGAAGGGUCACUAGUGUGAAGGCUCGGUACGAAGACCCAUCCAUGGGCGGCAACAAGCUGGAGAAGGCUCAGCUGAAAAAGAUCUCUUACAUUCAGUGGAUCGGCGAGGAUGCUCAGAAUGGAUCUUCUCCCGUCCGCAUCGAAGAGGCUAGGAUUUUCCAUCCUCUGUUCAAAGUCGAUAACCCUGCGGGCCAGGAUGACUUCCUCAAGCACGUCGAUCCGGAGUCGCUCGAGGUCCACAAGGGCGCAAUGAUCGAGACUGGCAUCUGGGACGUUGCCAAGAAUUCUCUGCUUCAAGCGAGGAAAGAGGCUGAAGAGAGGACCAAGAAGAGCAGAGAUGAGCGAGUCAAGAUGAGCGAGCGGGGUGGCAAAGACGUCAUCCGCAUGCCGUCCGGGUGCACACCGCUCAAUACCGCAGACACUGGCAAAGGCGCCCCGGAAGGAACAGUGGAGCAGCUCAUUGGAUACGAGUGUGUCCGCUUUCAAGCGAUGAGAGUGGCGUACUUCGCUCUGGACAAGGAGACCGUAGGAGCGGCAUUGGAGGAAUGGCUGAAAGGUGGAGAUCGCAAAGGAAGUGACUAUGUACAAGGGACGAAGUUGAUCCUGAACAGGAUUGUGAGCCUAAAGGAAGACACCGGGAAGAGGGCAGCAUGAAGUAUCGAGGGAGGGUAAUGACAAGAUUUAGACACGACAGGCCGAGUGCUGGCAGCAGUCUCCAACGCGAUCUUGCGCUGCUGGGUAAGUCUGGACUUUUGACAUAGAGACCCCUAGUCAUUCAAGCCGUUGUUGCUGCUUCUUUGCUUGAAUGUCGGUAAAUCGCAUGACCCCGCAUGGAGUACUUGACUGACCCGGGGCUUGAGUUCGUGUGACGGCUAUCGAAUCGGCGAGCGGCAAGACGCAGGUCAUACCUUCGCUGUUGUCGAAGUCUUGGCCAGCUGCUUCGAUCUUGCCUUGCCAAGCAGAGACGGACUUUCGUAUUUUCCCGGCAAGCUCUUGAAAGCUGUCCGAAGUUCCAGAGUCUUACAGACUCGCGUACUCGACGCUUCCCAGAAUGACUUUCAUGUUCCGUACUUCGGCAGCGAGGAGCCCGUGCUCUUCCUCUACAUUGACUACUUUGGA